AUGCGGUUCUCAUCGGUUGCCUUGACGGCAGUCGCUGCCUCUGCCACCCUCGCCCAACCUCACGUUCACAAACAUCGACACGUGCAUGAACACAAGGAGCGCGAUGUGACCGAGACUGCCUGGACUGCAGGCCCGACUGCCUACAUCUAUAUGCUCAAUGGAAAACAGCUCUCGGCCGGAGAGGUGUGCGAAGGGUUGGAGGAUAACGAACUGAAGUUUGUGGAUGGUCAAGAUCCCGGUGUUUGCUCGCAGGUUUCAACCACUGCCAGCACCUCUUCGACUUCCUCGACUUCCACGGAAUCGAGUACGAUCCCUUCAACCACCACUACCUGGUCGGCAGCUGCCUCUUCCUCUCCACCAGCCGAGUUCUUCCAAAAGCCAUCCUCGGCCGCUUGGCCCAGCCCAAGCGAUUCUGCCAGUUCUAGCUCUGCUCCUCAGUCUUCCUCCGUGUCCUCGGGCGGCGCUGGUAUCACUGCUGAAUUCCCGGAUGGUCAACUCGAUUGCAGCACUUUCCCCUCCGACUAUGGCGCCAUUCCUCUGAACUACCUGGGAAUGAAAGGCUGGUCUGGAUUGCAAGCGGUCUCUAUCGCUGGCGGAUUUGUCAAUCAUAUUGUGACAGGCUACCAGAAAUCUCAAUGGCCCUCCACCCAAGGUGCUACAGGUCAAUCCGUCGGCGGCCUUUCUUGCUCGGGCGGCAAGCUUCAUCUGACCAAUCCAGGUCUCUCAAAAAGCCUCUGCAUUCCUGGCGUUGGCGGCGUCCAAGCUACCAACAACGCAGGCGGUGUCGUUGCUAUCUGCCGUACAGAUUAUCCUGGGACCGAAUCCGAAACCAUCCCAGUUGAACUCCAGUCUGGCGAAACAGAGCAGUUGACUGUUCCCGAUGCUGCCACCUACUACGAAUGGCAAGGACAAUCAACUUCGGCCCAGUAUUAUCUGAACCCUAUUGGAGUGUCUGCUUCUCAAGGUUGCCAAUGGGGAUCACCUGGACAAAACAUUGGUAACUAUGCUCCCAUCAACUUUGGCGUGGGUGCCAAAGGAGGCAUUACUUGGCUAUCGAUCUUCCAAAACUCCCCAACAACCAAUGCCCAAUAUCAAGGCACCGUUGAGUUGAAGGGCAAUUUGUCCGGAUCUUGCAAAUACUCAAACGGGCAAUAUUGUGGCGCUAGUGGAUGCAACUCGCAAGGAUGCACUGUCUCCGUCAUAUCGGGCACUGCUACCUAUGUCAUCUCCGACUGA